AUGUCAUCAACACCCUCCCGAAAAACUCAAGUCGAUGUUUCCGCAAGAAUUGCUGGAUAUAGGAUUAAACGAAAAACCAAUCAAUCCAAUACAUCGCUCAAAUCCUCGUACAGCACCACUACCACCACCACCACACGGCAAGAUCCACCAACAUCGGAUCCCUCCACUAAUACCGUUAUUCAACAACAAAAUGCUGAUCAUACAACCAGUCAUAAUACUGAAAAUCAUAAUAAUAAGAACGACAAUAAUCACCAUCACAAUACAAAUGGAAAUUCUACAUCGGGCAACAUUUUUACGAAUUUAAUUAUGGAUCCAUAUUCACGAUUCGGGUGUUGGCUCUUCCGCCAUCAUCCAUGCUCCUUACUCACCAUUGCUAAUGUAGUUUUAAUUUUGUUUUUAUUUCAGGGAGGACUUGGUUUAAUCACCUCCUUUACAUUCAUGUACUCGACAGGUCAAUCGAUUGUGAAUCAUGAGGUCAAAUUUACACAAAUUCAAUCGGAAUACACAAUGUAUAACGGCAUUGAGAAAUUUGUGGACUGUAUAGAUGAAUUUGUACAGCAUUUCUAUAGCAUUGGCCCUACAAUAACACUUACGAAUGACAUUGCCAUGCUGAGCUUGUUGGAAUAUUUAGCAACAGCGUCAACCAAGAAUGACAAAGUGACCUAUAGUAUUGAUAGAGCAGAUGGUUAUUCAAUAUCAAAAGAAUUUCAUAACGGUGUUCCAACCAUAAGGAUUCUAAAUCCCUUCAACAAAACUUCUUCUGUGUAUGAAUUUCCUUCCUAUUUCUAUACAACAGAAUUUAAGGACUCGUAUUUAUUGAGCACACUCGGAAUUGCAAAAUAUCAACAUUUGCCCUCAAUAUUAGGGAAUGCUAUCGAAACAAAAUUUCAAAACAAUUCGAGGUCUGACUACAAAAUGAGAUUUGAAUCUCAAUUCAAAAAUCAAUCGAACCCUGUGUGGAUGAGCGGUCGAGACAAAUAUACCGCUUUAUUAAUUCCUGUAUACGUGAAUGCCCGUGUCAACCGAACGGCUCCAUUGAACAAUGUUAAAAUUGUGAAUGUUAUUGAACAUCCUGAGGCCAAAAAUAUCAGCCAAUUGCUCAUGGUAGUAUCUCUAAGACUGCCCACAGACUCUAUUUCUCAAUUAAUUAACAUGACAUCCCAUCUCCAAUAUGUGUCAAAAACUUGCACCGAUAGUUUUGUGAUUAACAGUAGAGGAUACAUUUUAUCGAGUAAUGAAAGUUCUUGCCCAUUUAGAUCUGACACUUUUGAAACAAUGGUUUCUUCAAACUUGUUACAAUAUUUGAAAUCGGGGCCUUGCAACUCAUCCAGUGAUGAUCAUCACUCUAGAAAUAAUACAAUCAUGAUAUCUCCAAAGAACUCUACUAUUGAUCCAGACUCCAUUACUUUCUCUGAAGAUUCCAGCAUGUUUCAGUUCCAAUUUUUAUGGAAAAAUCGUAAAAUUUAUGUUGAAGUGACACCUUUAUGUGGACUCUAUGGCUUAGAUUGGGCUGUUGUACAGUCACAAGAAGUGUAUAGCUUUUUAGAUGAGAUAAUUUCUAAUGGUAUUAAUUCAAUUAUUAUUUUCAUUUUUGUACUGAUUCUGGAAGCAUUCUUUCUAUUCUUUCUUGUGACGGGUUUUAACUUUUCUUUUAAUAAGCUCAAUAAGCAAUUGAAAAACCUGGUAAAACUCAAGAAUUUGAAGUUUGAUGAAAAUAUUGUAAAGAAACCUGAGAAUGUUGGAACUCAAGACGUCGAUAAUCAAGAUAGUGACGGUAAACAAAGCUAUAGUAUUUUUAGUGAUCUGAGGCGAGUGGAAAUAGGCGUCCACAGAUUAAGCUCGGUGGUGAAUAUUAUUUGCAAGUUUGUGCCAGAUAUUGUUUUGCAAAAAUUCGUGAACAACGUUGAACUAGAUCAUGCACCUCCAACUUACCAAAAUAUUAGUCUUGUUAAAAUUCAGAUUGAGGGUCUUUUGGAUAUUGUAGAACAAAAAGGUUUGGAUGUGCUUGAGGAACUCUCUUCCGAAUAUUUCAGAGUGAUACCCAAAAUUGUGCAAGAUCAUGGGGGAAUGAUACAGCUUUAUGAUGAUAUGAUCAUUGCUAUUUUCAAUGAGGAAAGUUAUCCAAUUGAAAGGCAUGAGAUCCAUGCAGUGCAUGCUGUUCUUGAUUCUCUUUUGAUAUUCAAAGAAAUACAAGAAAAGUGGCAGCAAAAAUAUCUCAAUCAAAUAUCUUUGUUGAAAUUAAGAGCCAGUAUUCACAGUGGAGAAGUUUUGUGUGGAUCCAUUGGUUCAACUGACCAUUUGCACUACACGAUCCUUGGAAGAGACUUUACCGUCUCUCAAAAAUUGCUUGAAAUGGCGUCCGAUUUGAAUCAAUCUGUUCUCAUCAGUGAAGAAACAUAUUGUAAGGUUAAGGAUGCAUUUAUUUGUUACUUUGUGGACUCUAUUAAUUUAUCAUCUGGGAAUGAGAAUAACCACGAACAAUAUAUUGCACUCGGAGGGGAAAGUAAUGACAACCAGAAUCACGACUCAACACAAUUCAAUGACAACAAUAGACCUAUCCCAUAUUCUCAUAUUCUCAAACUCUACUCUGUAGAAUGUUCAAGAAAUGAGUCUACCGAUCUUCAAAAGAAAAUUUGUCUUGAUCUGGAGCAAACAGAACGAGCCAUAAGUGAGAAACGAUUCGAAGUUGCUUUGAACAUGUGUGAACGAGUCAUGCAAUUGUCAGAUCAGCCACAUGUGCUACAUCUUCACAAACACAUCAAGGGUCUUUGCCAAAGCUCUCGAAUCAAGUGA